AAACCCCCCCCCCCCCAAAAAAAAAUAAGUGAUGAAUUGAGGAAGAAGCGAACUGGGCCAAUUGCCGGUGAGGAUCAGGCGACCUGUCUCCGUCUCUCUCGACGAAGUUCACGAAACCCAAAUCGAAAUCAGCAACAAGAACACCUCCGAUUACCUGCCGUUUCAAUCCUGCUUCGAGAACCAGAGAAACGUUCCGGCAUCGGGAUCCAGCACGAAGGAUUCUCGUCGCGUUCGUCGCCCUUCUCCGAUUCAUUCCGGCGAUAAAAGUUCGAUUCAUGGAUGUGCCGAGCUCAUGGGACGCCCUUCGCAAGCAGGCGAGAAAGAUCGAAGCUCAGUUGGAUGAGCAGAUGAAUUCGUAUAGGAGGAUUGUUUCUGCAAAGGCUUCUUCUAAAGCUGAUGCGACGGAGACGGAUGUUGAAACUGGGAUAGAUCGACAACUGAAACAGCUUGAACAAGUAAAUAUACAAAUGCAAGCUUGGGUAUCAUCUGGAGGAUCUGAGAUGGUUUCUCAUACAUUGACACGGCAUCAAGAAAUUCUACAAGAUCUUACGCAGGAGUUCUAUCGACUUCGAUCCAGCCUAAGAGCUAAACAAGAGCAUGCUUCACUCCUUGAGGAUUUUAGGGAGUUUGAUAGGACAAGGCUGGACUUGGAAGAUGGCCAUGGUUCUCCAGAGCAAGCCCUCCUUAAGGAGCGUGCAUCCAUUGGCAGAAGUACAGGACAGAUGGACAAUGUCAUAUCCCAAGCACAAGCAACAAUUGGUGCCCUUGUUUUGCAACGUUCCACUUUCGGGGGCAUCAAUUCAAAACUUAGCAAUGUCGGCAGCCGCCUCCCAUCGGUUAAUCAAAUUCUCUCGGCAAUAAAGAGGAAAAAGUCUAUGGAUACCAUUAUACUCUCUCUUGUUGCUUCUAUUUGCACAUUUCUCAUUUUUAUAUAUUGGCUGAGGAAGUAACGAUGUCAUUUUUAGCGUUACUAGUGGUUGUCAGUAUGGGUCAAUUUCUCGAUGUUUUGUAAUUAGUUGUUCUUUAGAAUGCCUCAACUGUCUUUUUAUACCUUUUCUUUAUCCUCCAAAUGGAUUCUGUAUCUGCAUUUUACUGUUUAUAGAGACAAUACCCGAUGCACUUCAA